CGGUAUGUGCUUGAGAUACGUGGAAAUAAAUACUCACAUCGAGAAAAACGGCUACGCACUAAAUUAAUUCACUGCUUAUUCUUAAUUUAUAUACCUACAAUACUUGAUGAAGACGAAAUUUGCUUAUCGCCGAAUACUUUCCGCAAGUCGAAUUUGAAGAAAAGAAGAAUUGUGGACAUUCUAUAUGAUAAAUAUUUAACGGAACACUUAGAACAAUCAUAGAACACUUUAAAAUUUUCAAUUCACUUAUUCUAGACUUGGAUGUUUGUGUAAACGGUGUAAUAUCAAGCUUUGAAACUGUGUCUAUUGUUAAAUAAAUUGAUGAAUUGUGGCUGACUUUAACAUUUGUGUGCAAGAUAAUAGUGGUGAUUGAUUGGAAUCAGUGGAAGAGUGAGACUCAAACAAAGUGAUAUUGCAAAUUACUAAAUUUUUAAAUCUACCUUGUCACUGCAUUAUUUCUGCGUAUAAACUUGCCACUAAUAGAACUGUUUUUCACCGUAGAUUGUAAUAUACUAAUAGCCCAUAUUUAGAAACGGCCGGGUCGUACAAUUGUGCGCGGUGUGGCGCCGGUUCGAAUCUCACUAUUGACAUUGACUUUUUGGGUUCUUCUUUUCUUUUUUCUUUUUUUAUAUAUUGUUAUUUUCAAACAACCUAACCGCAAUGGCAUCGAUUGAUGAAUGUUCUGGAUGUCGUAAUGUUCUCGGCGACGACCCUUGUCUUGGAUGCUGCAGAUGUAAGGCUAAAUAUGACCUUGUUUGUGCAAAUGUUGCCUCCUUUGAUUAUGAGCUAAUGGACGCUAAACAUAAAGCGUCAUGGAAGUGUCCUGAAUGCUGCAGCAAGGAGCCAAAAACUGGCAACAUUAACACUCCUGUGCGUUCGACUCCAUACUCGGACACAAAAAGUCAAGAAGAGGAUGUACAGGGACAAUCCAAUGUCACUGUCCGCAAAAGGCCCACGAAAUCAUCACCGAAACCAUCGCAGAGGCCACUGCAGAAACAGCAGCAGAAAUUACCGCCAAAGCCAUCACAGAAAGCAGCAACGCAAUCAUCUCAGAAGUCGCCGCCGAAAUUGCAACCGCAACCAUCUCUUGAGCCGCAGCCGCGAUCGUCACAACUCCUGGAACCUAAUUAUGUUACUGAAAAUAGGCUACGUGGGAUUCUACAACAGGAAAUAUCUACCGCCUUGAACACCACCAUUAAAAAAAUUGUAGUGACCGAGUUUAAAAAUGUGCUCGACAAGAUAGAUGGUUUCCGAGACUCUCUUGAAUUUAUGAGCACAAAGUAUGAAGAGAUGAAAUCUAAAUUCGAAAGUGAAACUUCAACUAUCACUGAACUAAAAUGUGAUAACGAGAGGCUUAAAACAACCAUUAGAGAUCUCACUGCUAGGCUGAACGUUGUUGAACUACAUAUGAGAGAAUCAAAUAUUGAAAUAAAUGGUAUCCCGGAAAGUCGAUCUGAGAAUUUGGUCACUACCGUCAUUCAAUUAUCCAAAGUUAUUGAAAAUCCGCUCACUAACGAAGAUAUCCAACGUGCUAUCAGAGUUGCUAAAAUUAGUAAUGACAAUCCACGUCCUCGGCCAGUGAUUGUUAAGCUACGCAGUCCUCGUUCCCGUGAUAGCAUUUUGGCCGCGGUCAGUAAAUUUAAUCAUAAGGAUCCCGAGAAGAAGCUUUGUACACAGCAUCUUGGAAUUGGAGGAACUGUAAGCCCUGUCUACGUUUCGGAACAUUUGACUCCGGCACUUAAAUCGCUCCACGCUGCAACUCGUAUAAAAGCCCGGGAAAUGUCUUAUAAAUUUGUAUGGGUUCGCAAUGGGCGAAUUUUUGCUCGGAAAACAGUGGAACAUCAAGCUAUAGCAAUUAAAAAUGUGGAUAGUCUUAAGCUUUUAGUAUAAGUUGUUAAUGUAUUUUGCU